AUGGCGGCGGCGCCUGCGGCAGCGCAGCCCGACCAGACGCAGGGUCUGAUGGCCUUUGAGGACGUGGCCGUGCACUUCUCCCAGGAGGAGUGGGGGCUCCUGGAUACAGCCCAGAGGUCUCUGUACCGCCGGGUGAUGCUGGAGAACUUCGCCCUCCUGGCCUCGCUGGGCCUGUCUGUGUCCCGGCCCCAUGUGGUCACGCAGCUGGAGUGCGGCGAGGAACCCUGGGUUCUCAGUGGGGUGGACGUGACCCUGCCCCAGGAUGCCCAGAGGAGGCCCCGCCGCGGUUCCCCUCUUCUGGCUGAGAACAGUAAUGUUUCUGGAGAAGCCCCAUUCCCUGGGGCUUUCGGGGAUGGCUCCCUUCUGGCGCCCGCCAGUGUCCUCCCCACCACGGGUGCCUGUGAGCGCAGGAAGAUCCCGGAGGGUCGGCGCAGCAUCUCCCCGUCUCGGGAGAGGAAACCCACCGGGGUGUCUGUGAUCUACUGGGAGAGGCUCCGGCUGGGGUCGGGCAGCGGCGAUGCCAGCGUGAGCCUCCGGCUGACCUCUUCUCUGCGGCCGCCGCCCGGGGACAAGGCCCUCGCAGAGUGCCCCGCGGCCAGUCAGCCGUCUCGGCGGCCGUACGAGUGUGCGCAGUGUGGCAAGGCCUUCAGCCAGACGUCGCACCUGACGCAGCACCAGCGCAUCCACAGCGGGGAGACGCCCUACAGCUGCCCGGCCUGCGGGCAGGCCUUCCGGCACAGCUCGUCGCUGGUGCGGCACCAGCGCAUCCACACGGCUGAGAAGGCCUUCCGCUGCGCCGAGUGCGGCAAGGCCUUCAGCCACCGCUCCAACCUCAGCCAGCACCGCAAGAUCCACGCGGGCGGCCGGCCCUACGCGUGCGCGCGCUGCGGCCGCAGCUUCUGCCGCAACUCGCACCUCAUCCAGCACGAGCGCACGCACACUGGCGAGAAGCCCUUCGCCUGUGCGCUUUGCGGGGCCGCCUUUAGCCAGGGUUCGUCGCUCUUCAAGCAUCGGCGCGUGCACACAGGGGAGAAGCCCUUCGCCUGUGCGCAGUGCGGCCGCGCCUUCAGCCACAGCUCCAACCUGCGGCAGCACCGGCUGCUGCACACGGGCGAGCGGCCCUUCCGCUGUGCGGACUGUGGCAAGGCCUUCGCCAAAGGCGCCGUGCUGCUCAGCCACCGGCGCAUCCACACGGGCGAGAAGCCCUUCGUGUGCGCGCACUGCGGACGCGCCUUCCGCGAACGCCCGGCCCUCUUCCACCACCAGAGGCUCCACACCGGCGAGAAGCCGGCGCGCUACGCCUGCGAGGAGUGCGGCCACAGCUUCAGCUGGAAGUCCCAGCUGGUCAUCCACCGCAAGGGCCACGCCAGCCAGCGGCGCCACCUCUGCGCCGACUGUGGCCACAGCUUCGACUGGAAGUCCCAGCUGGUCAUCCACCGCAAGAGCCACCGGCCCGAGGCGCCGUGA